AUGACACUCUCUUACAUGAGCCCUCGGAAUGUUGUGUUGAGGAAGGGAGCAGAGUUGUUGUACUACACCUCUCAUGAUGAAAAUAUUCAAAAGGCCACAAUAAAAACUAACAAAGUGCCUCAUCACCAUCUUACAGACUCUCCACAGACUUUGCCUCAUGCAUGUCCACUAUUAAAAAAGGCAGCUAACCACAAAACCACAACACAUUUUAAUGAUACAGAGUAUUCUGAUGGAAGUCAUGUCCCAGACCCAGAUGCAAUAAAGUAUGCAAUAGAAGCUGCUAUUACUAUAGGUCUCUGCCUGAAUGGAAUUGUGGAAAAUAUAAUAGUGUGUUGGUUCCUUUUCUUCAGGAUUCAGAGGAACAAAUACACAGUUUACAUUAUGAACUUAGCUGUAGCUGACUUGAUGUUACUUACAGUAACUGCUGUGUUAAUGAUGGCCAAUAUAAACACAUUAGUAGGCAGCAAUCUUGAUUUUGAAGGCAAUGCUGAAUUUAUUACCAUCCUAGAAAUAAUUUAUGAUCUUUCUCUAUUUUCUGGAAUGUACUUGCUUAAUGUUCUCAGUGUGGAAAGAUCCAUUUCUGUGUGUUUCCCUCUUCGGUAUCGUAGUCGUCGUCCAAAGACACUAUCAGUGGUAAUGUGUGUUUGCCUUUGGAUUCUUGGAUGUACAGAAAGUGUCAUUGAAAACUUAGCAUGCCCCUCAAAAGAUUUUAGGAUUCGGACACCAGUUUGUAGAGGACUAAAGACUAUAACAUUCACUUUAAGCAUUUGCAUCUGUCUACCACUAAUGAUCAUUUCUACUUUCACUUUGAUAAUUACUAUAAGGAAGACCUUCAGGGACCGAUACCCACCAAGACUUUACAUCAUCAUUAUUGCUGCCAUCUUCAUUUAUAUCUUGUCAGUGAUACCAUUCAACUUCAUCUGGUUUCUAAUGUACUUCAAACUUUUGCCGUCAAUACAACAUACUCUCAAAAUAUACUUUGCUGGUAUAUUAAGCACAUCUUUCAAUCCAUAUAUUUACUUCAUUGUCGGAAGACUGUGGAAGCAGAAAUUCAAUCAUUCAAUUCAUGAUCCUCUUCAUAGCGCCUUCAAAGUAGAAGAGGAUGAAAAGGAAGAAGAAAAUACUUCACCUAACAGUGGUGAAACAAGCAACACUUCCUCUGACAUUGGUCAAACAGAGAAUUCAAAUGACACCAAUCCAGAAAAUAUCCUGUGA